AUGUUUUAUUCCCCUUUGUCUUCCGUCGGGGAGCUUGGCAGCAAGGCGGCCGCCACCCGCAAGCGUCGCGGAUUCAUUGACCAGACGCUUUGUGGGCAGACAGACCGUUGGUCGAGUGUUCGUUUGGGGGUGUCUGGUCUGGUCUGGUCCUUUGAAUCGGGCUUCCGGGAUGGUGGCUCAUUAGAUUAUAUUGUGGCCCUCGAACAUCGGGUCUGGUUCAAUCUUGAGGCCAAUCUCUUCCUACCCAUCCCGUCGUCAAUGCUCUCUGCUGUCUGGUCAUGCAAAAUCACCGCCUCGGAGUGUUGCUUCGUCUCUUCCCUUUUCGCGUUUCUAUUUUCAUUCAAGUCGGCUUCAACGUCUGCUGCUCGUGCCAGCGGGAGGACCAACUAG